CCCAGUAGCUCUAGCGAGAGUGGAUCGCGGUGGAUUGUGGGUAAGGCGGAAGUAAACAAACGCACGCCGAAGAUGGGGCAUUCAGAGCAGGGGCCCUCAGACGAGAUUAGAGUCAAAAAGACGGAUAUUUUAAAAGAUUUCCAGCUGUUCUUUUUCUCCAUGAGUCGCCUGGCUUCAUUUCCCUGGACUUUUCUAGAAAAUGACCUCCAGAGCAACAAAUCGUCAGAAUUCAUUUCGGAUAUCCUGAAACAGACGUGUCUUCACUCGCUGUGCAGAAGGUUUCCGCCGUCGGUCAGAUACAGGAGGCUGUUCCUCUCCGAGCUCAUCAGGCGGCAGGAGGCUGGAGGCUGCGAUCCCCUGGACGAGCUGUACGACGCCCUGGCUGAGGUGGUGGGAGCCGAAGACACGACUGAGUGCUACAAGAGCUACCUACUGCCCUGCGGUGAUGCUGUCAGCCUGUCGGAAAACGUUGCUCUGAUCUCGGAGGGAACCACUGGUCUGGUGACCUGGGAGGCCGCCCUCUACCUGGCCGAGUGGGCUCUGGAUCACCAGCAGGCCUUCAGCGGCAGGACGGUUCUGGAGCUGGGCAGCGGCGUGGGGUUGACCGGUAUCACCAUCUGUCGCUCCUGCAGCCCCGACAGGUUUGUCUUCAGCGACUGUCACCCCAGCGUCCUGCAGAAACUGAGAGCCAACGUCCAGCUGAACGGGCUGACUGAGCAGAAGUCUCCCAGGGUCAGUGUGGAGGAGCUGGACUGGACGGCAGCGACGGAGGAGCAGUUCAGACAGAUCGGGGCCGACGCCGUCAUCGCUGCAGAUGUGGUGUACGACCCCGACGUCGUGGGAAGUCUGGUGGAGCUGCUGUCCAAGAUCCUGAGGAGUUCUUCCCCUGACGUCCUCAUCUGCUCCACCAUAAGAAACCCGGAGACGUACAGCGGCUUUAAGCAGCAGCUGGAAAACGCAGGAAUCAGCCAUCACGUGAUCACAGGACCCGUCAGCCACGUGUUUCCCUACAACCGACUCUCCUCCAUAGAAAUGAUCAAGCUGUACAGGUGACGAGUGCAGCGCAAUAAAGAUUUUAUUUACA